UUUUGAGUCUCAUUCCGGUUUGCUGCUCGUCGUCUCGCGGAUACUUCAGCGCACUCGCAGUUUCAGUCCGAAAAUUCCUCUUAAAUCCAAGGGAUAUUAAAAACUAACAGAUACUAAAAAAAACAGAAGUUCUGAAAAACAGUUUUCUAAAAAGUAUUAAAGAAAUGCCGACGGCUUAGUGAGAAAACAGUGAAAAAUAACAUUCUGAAAGUUGAUAUUAUUAACAGAAAGCCUGUAAAUAUCCUUUUUAGUGCAGUGAGAACUUAGAUACCAAAUUGCCUGCUACUUGUCUUGCCCGAGACAAACUCCCAGUAACGUAAAGCGAAACCCUUGGACAAGGGUCAAGGAAGGACCAAACCCACAGCCAGGAUGGUGCUCGUGCUGAAUGGUGUGCUGCAGGACGACUGCCCCAUGGACACCAACAGCCUCUUCCUGCAGCAUCCCGUUUACAGAGACUACGCCCAGCAGCUGCACUCCAUCCAGGCCAAGUCGGUGGGGCCGGUGGGUCUGCUCUACGUGGGUCAGCGGGAACUGGCCGCCUCCGCUCCACACGACAAGCACGUCAACAUCAUCGGCGCCGACGAUGCCACCACCUGUAUUAUCGUCGUGGUCCGGCACUCGGGAUCUGGCGCUGUGGCUCUGGCCCACUUCGAUGGCAGCGGCGUGGACGAGGCUGUGUGCACCAUGGUGUCGCGGGUUCAGGAGCUGGCCGUCGGCUAUCCGGAGGGUCGCAUCGAGUUGCAGUUGAUUGGUGGCUAUCGGGAUGCCAAGGGCUACGGCGAGGACGUCUUCUUCAGCAUCAUGCAAUCAUUCCACAAUCACCUACUGGAAAUCGAUCUAACGCAGGCCUGCGUGGGCGAGCUGAACACCAUGAUGCGCGGCGAGAUUAGCUGCCCGAUCAUUUACGGCGUGGGUGUCAACAUCAAGACUGGUGAGAUCUUUCCGGCCUCUUUUCCGGACCGAGGACCAGAUCGGGAACUGCGCGAUGCUCGCAUUUUUAUGGGAGCGCAGUCGGUCCUGGAUGUAUACGACUCCUCGCUGGGCAUGCUUCGUAUCGGACCCUUCAACUAUGAUCCGCUGCGCGGCGCCGAUCUGUGGCUAUCCCAAACGGAUGAGUUUCUGCUGCAGCACCUGUCCUCCAGUCCCGACGUGGAGCCGCCCCACUUUGCGCCCCAGACGCGUGCAACCAUUAGAUUUAUACAGGAGAACCAGUUUCCCGCCGUCACCGUCUUCAGGGACAACCGGCCUCGCUACUUCCGGCGGGAUGAUGCCACGGGCUUCUGGGUGCUGGUUAGAUAUUAAAGCUUACUUUAGUGUUUAGUUGUUACGCAAUUCGAAACUGUCGCAGAUGUGUUAAUCAGCUGGUGCAUGUGUUAAUUGUCGCUGUCCACCGCAAAUGCUUCUGCCUGCCUUUUGUUUGAGUUUAAAUCGUUGAGUUGAUUAUAUUCGGCUGUAAUUGUCAUUGCUGUUCUGAUUAAUCUGAUGUAAUUAUAGCCCGAUUAGCAAUUGUAAUUGAUGUAUGCGACAUAAUCUCUCUUCAAUUAGAUACAAGAUUGAGUUCCGACGCUGGAGACGGUUGCUUGGGACGAGCCUUAGAAAUGGAUCUGAACUGGAAACGUUAAAGCGAUAAAUAAUGAUUAAUAAUUAUUAAAAGUGUAUGUGCACAUGUGCAUGUAAAUAUUUAUGUGAACCUUAUUAAAGAAUCGAUUACUAUUUAAAAGAGAUCCCUAGCAAAAUAUAUACAUAUGCGCAUACCCCGUGUAAACGAAAGGAAACAAUUUCGAAUGCAAUCAUUUUAGCUGUAACUAUAACCUGUAAUCAAAAAUUUAAGAAAAAUAUAUAAAAAUGGCUUGGCUAUACAUACACACAACAAAA